AUGUCGUCGUCGCUCGACCUCGACCAGGUGCUUUACGCACGCGCAGGAUGGCGCAAGUCCAUCUUAGUUCCGCUAUGGAUCUUCCAAGUCAUCGUGCUGCUAGGCUUGAUGGGCAUCUUUGCGUACCGCCUAGCCGAGACAUUCGAGCACUAUGAGGAGCACAACAAGUUGGGCGAGAUGCCCAUCGUUGAGGUUGUCUGGGAAGCCACCAACGUCGGCUUCAACCUCAUCGCGCUACUCCUCAACAUCCUCGAAAUCGCUCGCAAGGCUACCGAGCGGCUGACGCCCUUCAUCAUGGUCUGCACCCACGUCAUCAAGCUCACCCUAGCGUUCGGCGUGCUCGCCCUCGACAUCGUGGCCUACCUCCAGCGCAUCGACGGGCACUACUCGACCAUCGGCCUCUCGCUCGACUGUGGUUUACUCGCGGCAACCCUCAUCACAUUCAUCUACUCCAUCACCACCUACCGCCGCCUCCUCAAAUACGACGAGUACGACCUCACCGCCAACGCGCAGACCCGGGGCUUCGUCCCGGGCAACGACGCCCUCGAGCUCGGCCACCAGCACCACCAGCACCACCCCAACGCCCAGACCUCGGGCAUCACCACCACGCGCACCACCGAGCUGCGCUACUCGGACCUGUCCUACCCCUCGCAGACCGCCCGCACCACCCCUAGCACGACCACCACCAUCGCCACCGCGCACGCCACCCCGACCCCGUCCCCCUCCGGCUCCGUCCUCAAGCGCGAGGUCGACCGCGCCAUCGGCGCCGAGUUCGGCUGGGGCACGCCGCCCCCGCUGCCGCCGCCCGGCGCUGCUGGCGGUGGGCAUGAUCCUGCUGCUGUGAAUAGAUCCGACAGCGUGGUGCUGGGCGGGGGGCGCGUGGCGGGGAGAAGGGAGGAGGAUGAGGAGGCGCUUUUGCCGGGGAAGUGA